AUGGAUCACAGCGACGAUUCGACUAUCGACGCUGAUUCUCUCUUCGGCUCCGAUACUGGUCACAAGGAGCUUGAAGAUGCUUUUUUGACGCCUAACAACAAUGCAGUAAUUGCAUCACGCUCUGUACCCCCGAUACCUGGCAUGUUCUUCAUGCCCAACCUGCUUCCUCACGAGCUGCAUGACCGAGUGCUGCAUCAAGUGUCAGAGUGCGAGUAUUUCGAUCUUGGCACUGAAAGGGACAGUCAUUCCUUGGAGAUUCCAGAGAGUCAGAGAUCACAUAGGAAUCAAGUCAUGCUGUUUUCACGCUCUCUCGCUUCGCCAUGGUCUGCUAAGUCUCAUGGGAACUCGCGAGAGCGAUAUCAAGCUCUUCCAGAAGAUACUGAACCCUCUGAUUGCGCAGGACUUCCUGGUUGGACCAUCGAGUUCAUCCAGCAGCUAAGACAGCUAAUCAUGGCCGAGUCUGAGACGCGCCUCCCUCUUAGCGUCAAGGAGAUGCUCUUCCCCGGCGACAAGCUACUAUCACGGCAGCUGAUCCUCAAUCUCUACAAUGGUGCAGAGGGACUUGCGCCACAUGUUGACCUCGUCCAUCGAUUUGCCGACGGUAUCCUGCUGUGUUCCUUUGGACCGCACGGCACUGGUACAGUGAUGGACUUUACGCACAAAUCACACCCUGCAGAGCAUCUGUUUCUGCCUUCAGGGUCGGUCCUGGUCUUGUCCGGCGAAGCACGAUACGACUGGAAGCAUGGCAUCUCCGCGCGCGACUGCGACUUUGUGUAUUCAGCGGAUGGUCCCCAUCGGAUUGACAAGUUGAAGCGGUCAAUUCGGCUUAGCAUUACCAUCCGGUCCAUGCUGCCAGGUGCCGACGUCGUCGGCGAGUAA